AUGGAAAAACGUUUAUUUUAUCAACAAAAAGAAACAAAUGUACAACAAGAUUUAGAUAAAUAUCAAGAACAACGUAUUAAAAUUGAAUCAACAAUAAAAUUAAAAAGUUCACAAGUUGAAAAAACAUUAAAAGAAAUUCAAGAUAUAAAACAACAACAAAAACAAAUCGAACAAUAUUUAAAUAAAUUAAAUGAUCUUAAUAAACGUAUUGAACGUAAAGAAGAUGAAUAUCAACAAAAAUUAUCUAAUGAAAUAAAUAUUGAACAAUUAAAAAUUGAUAUUAGUAGUGAUGAACAAAAACGUGUUCAACUUCAAUUUCAACUUAAAGACUUAAAUAAUGAAAUUGAUAAUUUACUUGUUAAUUCAAAAAUUAAUACUGAAUAUGAAAUGUUUAAAAAAGAAAAAUUAGAACGUGAUGAACAAAUUAGAAAAAUUAAAGUUCGUCAUCAUGAAAUCCUAACGACAAUUUUUCAAGGUUCAAUACCAGAAGAAGAUUCAAAUAUUUAUAAUCAAUUUGAAAAAGAACAUCGUAAAUUACAACAAAAUCGUUCUAUAUUAGAAAAACAAAUACAAGAUAUACGUCAAACAUUAUCUGGUAAAGAAGAAAAACGACGUUUAUUAGCUGAUGAAUUAAAACGUAAAGAUUUAUUACGAAAUGAAUAUACAGAUCGUUUACAAGAACAACUUAAUGGACAAAUCUAUGAAAAAUAUUUAGAAAAAUUAUCUAAUGAUGUUAAACAAAAACAAGAUGACAAAGGAAGUAUUGUUGGAAUGGAAAAAACUUAUCAAAAAUUUGUUAAUCAAGUUCGAUCAACAUUAAAAACGGAUCCAUGUUGUCCAUUAUGUUAUCGAAAAUUUGAUAAACAAUCUGAAGGUGAACAAUUAAUUCGUGAUAUGGAAAUACAAAUAAAAGGACCUGAAUAUCGACAAAAAAUUGAUCAUGAUUUAAUAUUAUUACAAGAAAAAUUUGAAAAAUGUCUUAAUCUUAAACCAAUUCAUAAUCAAUUACAAGAUAUUGAAGAAAAAGAUAUUCCAACAUUAAAAAAUUCUAUAAAACAACUUGAUAAUGAAAUAAAUCAAUUAAAAAAUAAACAAAAUGAUUUAGAACAAGAAUUAAAUGAUAAAAUUUGUUUACCAUUAGAACAAUGUGAACAAAUUAAAACUGAUAUUAUUAUGCUUAAUAAAUAUAUUAAUGAAAGAAAAGGUUUUGAAACAAAAAUUCAUGUUUGUCAACAAAAACUUGGUAAAGGACAAAAAUCACCACCACGUUCACUUGAUGAAGUAAAACAAAUUAAAAAUGAAAUACAAAAUCAAUUUGAUCUUCUUGAUAAAGAAUUACAACGUAAACAUAAAGAACUUCGUUCACAACAAGAUUUAGUACAAGAAUUACGUGAAUCAUUAACAGAACUUAAAAAUGAAAAAUUAAAAUUAAGUUCUGAUAUACAAAAAAAAGAACGUCUUGAUGAACAAUUACAUAAAUUAACAAAUUAUAUUCAAACACUUAAAGAUGAAAUUGAAACUGAUAAAAUAUCAUUAGAACCAAUUAAUACUGAUAUUGAUAUAAAAACAAAAGAAAAAAAUCGUUUAAAAACAGAAAAAGAAAAAAUAUUAUCCGAACUUACAGAAUCUAUCAAUAUUCUAGAACAAAAACUAAACGAAUUAAAAACAUUAACAACAACAAUUAAUAAUUUUGAAGAUCGUACAUCUAAAUUAUUAGAAGAACUUCGUUCUUCAUUUGAUCAAUUAAAUAUUCAAGAAAAACAAUUACAAUCUGAAUUAUCAACAUGUAUAAAAACUAUAGCUCAAUAUAAAGAUGAUUUAGCACGAGCUGAUAUUCGUUAUCGACAAUUAAAUGAUAAUCAAAAAUUACUUCAAAGUCAAAUUGAACUUGAACAAAAACAAAAUGAUCUUAUUGAACUUGAAGAAAAAACUCAUGGACUUAAAUUAGAUUCACUUAUACGUGAAGAAAAACAAUUACGUUCAACACAAGAAACAUUAUUUAAAGAAAAACAUACAGCAUCAGCACGUUUAGCAACAUUAGAACAACAAUUAAUUGAAUUAGAACAAGAACUUGAACAAGAACAUUUAAAAAAUGCACAUGAACGUUAUCUUAAACAUUUUAUACAACAAACAAUUGAAGAAAUAACAUCACAAGAUCUUGAACGUUUUUAUAAAAUUUUAGAUCAAACAAUGAUGACAUAUCAUACACAAAAAAUGAAACAAUUAAAUAAAAUAAUACGUGAUCUUUGGAGAACAACAUAUCGUGGUACAGAUAUUGAUGCUAUUGAAAUACGUUCGGAUGCUGAUGAUGAAAAUGCAUCAAAAACACGUCGAACAUAUAAUUAUCGUGUUGUUAUGAUUAAAUCUGGUUCAAUUAUGGAUAUGAGAAAUCGUUGUAGUGCUGGUCAAAAAGUUCUUGCUUCACUUAUUAUACGACUUGCAUUAGCUGAAGCAUUUUGUCUUAAUUGUGGUAUACUUGCUUUAGAUGAACCAACAACUAAUCUUGAUUUUGAAAAUAUUGAUGGAUUAGCUCAAGCAUUAAUUGAAAUUGUUAAAAGUCGUGCAAAUUUAAAAAAUUUUCAAUUAAUUGUAAUAACACAUGAUGAAGAUUUUGUUGAUUCACUUGGUAAAUCUGCAUAUGCAGAAAAAUGUUAUCGUGUAUCAAAAACACAUAAUGGUCUAUCAAAAAUUGAUGUUUGUAAUAUCACAUCAUUUGGUGCUCAUUAA